CUCUGCCGUGUCCGCGCUCUGAUCCGCUCUGAAGGAAUCCCCGUGUGCGCAGUGGAGCCUUGGCGCUGGGACCGAACUGUGACAUGACGAGGAAAGAGAGCAGGCUGGUGAACCGGACCUUCUGCUUGGUCAUUUGGACGGCUCUGUUCUUGCUGGGCUUCAUCAUCGGGUGGUUUGCAAAGCCCUCCGGUCCAACUGACACCAACAGUGAUGCUUCACCAGUCUAUCUGAAGGAAUUUCUGCGUGAAAUGCGGCCAGAUCGGAUCAGAGACCACCUGAGGAAAUUCACGCGACUGCCCCACCUGGCUGGAACCGAGCAGAAUCUCAGGUACGCAGAAUGGAUCCAACGUGAGUGGCUGGCGUUUGGUUUGGACUCCGUAGAGAUGGUGCCGUACGAUGUCCUGCUGUCCUACCCAAACAAGUCGCAGCCAAACUACAUCUCAAUUGUCGAUGCACGUGGCUUUGAGGUCUUCAACACAUCACUAGCUGAGCCGGUUCCUGAUGGGUAUGAAGAGGUGUCCGACAUCGUACCACCGUACAGCGCCUUCUCCCCACAAGGAAAUCCUGAGGGAGAUUUGGUGUACGUCAACUAUGGACGCACCGAAGACUUCCAACAGCUGCAGACGGAGAUGGGCCUCAAUGUGACUGGCAAGAUCGUCAUUGUCAGAUACGGGAAGAUAUUCAGAGGAAACAAGGUGAAGAACGCCAUGCUAGCUGGAGCGAAGGGAAUCAUCUUCUUCUCAGACCCGGCCGAUUAUUGCGCCGACGGUGUUCAGCCGUACCCCGAUGGCUGGAACCUGCCCGGAGGAGGGGCUCAGCGAGGGAACGUGUUGAGUCUGAAUGGUGCUGGAGACCCCCUCACUCCCGGGUACCCAGCGAAAGAGUACACCUACAGAUUCAACAAGGAAAAGGGAGUCGGACUUCCAACGAUACCGGUGCAUCCCAUCGGCUACCAUGAUGCGAUUCACCUGCUCAAGAACAUGGGAGGAGGAAUUCCUCCGAACAACUGGAAAGGCUCUCUGAACGUGUCCUACAGGAUUGGACCGGGCUUCACCGAUGAGUUCAAGAACCAGAAAGUGCGGAUGAAUAUCUACUCUAACAACCAAGUCACCAGGAUUUACAACGUGAUUGGGAAAAUAAGGGGCGCUGUCGAGCCAGACAGGUACGUGAUUCUGGGUGGGCACCGUGACGCCUGGGUGUUUGGGGGAAUUGACCCCAUGUCUGGUGCUGCUGUGGUCCACGAAACCGCCCGCAGUGCUGGAAAGCUGUUGAGUAAAGGAUGGCGGCCCAGACGGACCAUCGUAUUUGCUAGUUGGGACGCAGAGGAAUUUGGACUGUUAGGCUCCACAGAGUGGGCUGAGGUAACACUGCACCAUCGUCCGAACAACAACACACAUAAGCACGAUGCUUUGUAUUUGUGCAAAGGACAAUGCCAAACUGCUGCAGGAGAGAGCCGUGGCCUACAUCAACGCAGACUCAGCCAUCGAGGGCAUGCACACUCUGAGGGUGGACUGCACCCCGUCUCUGCACACUUUGGUGUACAACAUCACAAAGCUGACAGUCCUGAAGAAGGAGAGGAGGGAGUUUCUCUGUAUGAGAGUUGGCACAAGAGGGACAACUGGACCAAUGAGCGAGACGCGCCAAGGAUCAGCAAACUGGGUUCAGGCAGUGACUUUGAGGCGUACUUCAUCAGACUGGGAAUAGCAGCCGGGCGAGCGAGAUACACAAAGAACAAGAAAACAGAGCGAUACAGCAGUUAUCCAGUCUAUCACAGCGUGUACGAAACCUUCGAGGUGGUGGAGCGGUUCUACGACCCUUCCUUCAGGCGACUUCGUGCCGUGGCUCAGGUGAGGGGCGGGCUCGUCUUCGCGCUGGCAGACUCACCUAUCCUCCCUCUGGACGCCAACGAGUACGCAGUGGCGCUGUGGAAGUAUAGUCGGAGCAUCGCGCUCAUGGGCCAGCUUCACAAGGACAUGCAGGUGUACAAGGUGUCAUUUGACCCCCUGUUCUCUGCGGUGGAGAACUUCACCGUGGCAGCGCGCGACUUCCACAAACGACUGGAGACAGUAAACCAACAAGAUCCUCUCCAGGUACGAAUGAUGAACGAUCAGCUGAUGUAUCUAGAGCGGGCCUUUAUCGACCCUCUGGGUUUACCUGGGAGACCCUUUUACAGGCAUGUGAUCUUCGCACCGAGCAGCCACAACAAAUACGCCGGCGAGUCUUUCCCUGGAAUCUACGAUGCUCUCUUCAGCAUCAACAACGCAGCAAACCCAGAAACGGCCUGGGACGAAGUCAAACGGCAAAUAAGCAUCGCAGCUUUCACCGUCCAAGCAGCAGCCAUGACGCUGACGCCUCCUGCAUGAAACAUUGACUUCACAAAAGUGAGCAUGUUGGAAAGCACGGACCGAAUUCCACUAUUCUUGUUUUCUGAAUAUCUUUUUUUGAGCGGCCAAGCGAUCUAGUUUCACUCAGUAUCACUCAGUCAAUGCGAGGUUCUGCCCUAGAGCUCGGUUUGUUUCUCCAGUUGACAACAGAAAAACUCCAGUACAGAUGAACGCAUUUCAAUGAAACCACCUGGAUUUGUGGGAAAUGGACUAACUUAGAAGUGUUUUGUUUUUUACAGUAUUCUGUUGGUUUAUUUAGAGCUCCGAAUGGUAUACUGUUGUUCAAAGUGAUAGCUACUGCUAUACUGGGUGGCACAUCCGGUCACGUGGCUAGCUUUGCCUAAACUGUCAGAAAACUAACGUUUUGAUUUCAUAAAACGCAUCAGUCUUAUCACCGAAGUGGAACAACUUUCAUCUGACUCCGGUGACCAAAUGUGAAUUGAGCAAACGUUCUGAUUCAUGCCAUCUGCUGUCCGUUUCGGAAUAUGUUUAUAACUUUUAUCGCAUUUUUCCAACACACAAAAACAUCAUCACAAUGACAUUCACUGUUUUUAUUUGUGUUUUUUUGUAUUGUUUUUCUUUUGACCGGUUUCCAAAAAAAGUUGCCCCUCUCCCUGUUGUAGCUCUGUAGUUUGUCAAAAGUUCUCGGCAUCCUUGACAUUUUUUCAUGUAAGGUUUAAAAUGCAUUUCCACAAUCCAAAGUGGAGACUUCAGUUUUAAAUUUAAAAAAUUCAUUAAAAAGUUUGGUGUUAUUUUAAAAGUCAAAGAGCCGCUAUUAAUCAUCCUCUUGAAUCAGCUCUCUCAAACAUUCCUUUACAUUUUCCACUCGAUCCUCUGGAACUUCGUGUGUAGACCUGGUCAGCAGUUCCUGCACCUCCCCCAGUCCACUCAGCUUGGCGCAGUUGCGGGGAUACAAGUACCCGCCCAGCUGAGCUUCAUGGCAGUUAGGAGAGAGGAGGCCGCAGAGGAAGCGCAGGAACAUGUCGUAGUGUCCUAGUGGUGAAGCCAGCAUCAACUGUAGUGCACUCUGGACUAGACCAGCUGCAGAUUUGCUCUUGGAUGGAAACAUCCUGGAGAAUUUGGCAGGCGCCUGAUCCAGAAUGUUCUCUGACUCCGUGCGGAACAUUGUGAAGACAUAAAGAGCAGCCAUGAACUCCUGGACAGGAGAGGAGUCAAUAAACCCUCAGGGUGCCGUGACAUUAAACGUUCAGGGUGAUUUAUAAAGAAGAAACAAAAUCUCACCUGAACAGUAAAGUGUAUGAAGCAAAACUGUCUCCUGUCCUCCGGAGACGGACGGGGAAGUUCAGUGCACAGUCCGGAAAAUAUCGUCACCUCAGACAAUCUCAGGCCGAACUCUUCCAAGUCCUCUUCAAAGAACAGGCUUCGAUUCAUCUCCAGCAUUUGAAAAGCCAUCUUUCCCAUGUUCCUCAGCAGCUCCGUGUCCUCACGCAGCCAUUGCUGACAAAACAUGAUGGAAUUUUGUUUUGGUAAAUGCUCACUAGCAUUUGCUAUUUUGCCUGACUGAAGCCUCACCAGCCCAUCACCUUAAACCACUGCCUUGUGUUUAUGUAAGAGUCAAUGAAGGUUAACCUUGUUACCUUGUCGGUCUCCGAUCUCUCACAGUAGAACUGCAGCCUGCGAUUCAUCUGGAUGAUCAUGAAGUUCACGAAGAACGGAGUCAGUUUGGGAGGGUGCACUCCAUAGCCUCGGCAGCGGAAUCUGGCCUCGAACACGGUUGCCAUGAUCCAGCAGGCGAAUGGGAGGCGAGACAAAAUCUGCAGCGUUGGAAGCUGCUUGUAAUGGGCCAUGAUCUUUUCUGACAACUCAGGGGGGAAGCGUUUGCGGAAAUAGUCGUCUCUCAUCUCCUCACUGUGAGGUCAGAAGAUAAACAUGGAGUGAAGUGACUGAAUGAAUUCAUCACACCAGUUCAUGCUGGAGUGAGACUCACCUGAAGCCUCGUAUUUCAGUGUAGACAUCAAUGAACUCUGAUGGAAUUUGGGAGACGGCAGCUUGUCUUCCCAGUAUCCAAACACAGGCACCAGGAAGCAGAGUGCCUCUGAUGAUGUUGACGAUCAAGACGUCAGGAUGUGCUGGUGUGCUGAUGCUGUCGAUGACCGGAGCCGUCUGCACGGUGAAACAGCACGUUUCAAUGCCACACGUUUGUAAAAAGCUCAGUGAUGUUCUACAAAGCCUCACAUGACCAUGACACUUCGGAAAGGUCACAACAGGUCAGGCUUAAUUCACCUUGAGGAGUAAUGGCCAGAUGAGGCUUCAUGAAACUUUUCAGAGCCCACAAGAUGACACUCUCAAACCAUUGGAUUUGAAAAACCAUUUCAAAAACACCCACAACUCAUGACAAAGCAUGUUAAAAACAGACUCCUGUGGAGAACUGACCAGCCAAUCCAGAGGCGUUUGGUAGGAGUCGUACGAGUGCAUCACAAUGAGAAAUUUACAGUCCACUUCUUCCAGGACUGCCAUGUCUUUGCACUCCGGAUGAUAAUACUCUAUCACCUCCAUGAUGGAGAUCUUCUCAGAUGGAGGAAGAUGUUUUUUGCGAAGAAGCCAGAGAUCACUGAAGGAAAGUUUGAUGACAAACUGGAAAUCCUGAGGAAAUGACACCAUAAAUAUUAAAACCACAACAGAAACAGAGCAAUAUUGUAAAUAUGAGGAGCAACAUUAUUCCACACACAAAAAUAAAUACAUAAAUGAAAAAAAAAUAUAUAUAUAUAUAUUAGUGGCGAGACUUUUACAUGUUAAUUACGAUGAAAAAUAAUAUAAAAUUUAAAAAAAAAAAGUAAUUUAAUUUAAUAGAGCAAUUUCUCUCCAGACAACAGGGAACCUUUAUAAGUGCAGGAGUUCCUGGUCCACUGAUCACACUGAUGCACAAGACACGUGGCAGCUAGGAUGAUAACAACAACAACAAACAUGGAGGAAUCCCUGAACAAAAGCUAACAAAAGCAUCUGUUUGCUUUUGUUCAGGGAGGUUUUUCGCUGCACAAUGGCCAGGGUUUCCACUACUAUGAAUGUAAUUCUUAUAAAAUUGAAAUUCUUAUACAAAUAUUUUCAAGACAUUAAAAGAGCUUUAGUUUAAAUAAGGUGAUAUAAAAACUUGAAUGUAGCCACCAUCGUGAUUUAUUGUGCUAUUGUCAAACUGAUGCAAAAUAAACAAUAUUU